CACCAUAAACAAACCCAAUCGGUGUUUGUAAGGACGAUGGCGAUUCCGAUUUGUGCAUCACUCCGAACAUCCGACGAGCGUUGACGACUUGCCUUCUUCUCCACGCAAAACAUGGGGUUCCUCGCCUCCACAAAAUAAAAUAAAACAAAACAGCACAUAUACACAAUUUAAUCACCGGAGAACAAUGCCGAUGUGGAAUCAAACAAAGAUCAUCGUCGUCUCACCGGGGUGAACGGCGUCGAUGUUGGGGCUGCGCAGAUCCGGCGAAGUGAGACGCGUAGACGGUCGAACUGCGCAGAUCAACGACACGACAUGGGCUGUCUCAAACACCAUCGCGACGGCGCGGGUUGGGACUGCGCAGGUCGAACGAAGCACGCGAUGCGGAGGGGAUCGGGGCUGCUGUUUUGUGGAGGAAAAGAGGAGGUUGGUGUUGCUGCACAAGGGGAAAAAAGAGGGGGGGCGAGCAGAGCUGCUGCUCGGCCAUGGGAGAGAGGGGGCGCUGGGGGAGGGGUGGAGCAGCGGCGCUGCGCAGGAAGGGGCGCCGAGCAUAGGGAACUUCAGGCGCCCAAGCUGUUGGCCGAGCAGAGGUCCGGCCAUGGCUGCCUCUACCCCUGCGCAAGGGAGACCAGGGAUGGACGCCAUGUGCAGGAGCUCGGCUGCAGGGGGGACGCGCCCAUGGGGAAGAGGAGGAGCUGCAGCUCGCCUACACCCUUGGAGCCGAGGAGAGGAAGGGCGCCAUGGGGGGCUCUGUGUCCUGCUGCAAGCGCCAUGGGAGAGGCUUGCUGCCGUGGAGGUUGUCGGCUGGAGCAGAGGGGCGAGAGGAACUCGUCUGCGCCAAGGAAGGGAGCAGGGAGCGCCAGGGUUGGGUGCUCGGCUGCUCAAGCCUCGUCGGUGCCAUGGGAGGAAGGGAAGGAAGCUCCCUGCGCGUUGGGGAAGAAGGCGUGGGGGAGAAAAGGCUGAUGGCGGCUGGAAAAACAAUAGGGGUGGGAAUGCAAAA